AUGGCACGUCCAGCGAUUGGAGCGCAGGCAUCACGCCUUGCGCGAGAUCUGCCUCUUGGCUUCUCCACAACCUCCGCUCGUAUCCCAAAACUCGUCUAUGGCACUGCCUGGAAGAAGGACCAGACUGCGGACCUCGUAUACUUGGCUUUGAAAACCGGCUUCCGUGGCGUCGACACUGCGGCCCAGCCGAAGCACUACGAUGAGCGUGGUGUUGGUGCCGGAGUCAAGCGUGCUAUAAGAGAAGGCCUCAUUAAGCGUGAAGACCUCUUUAUUCAGACGAAGUUCACUUCUCCAGGAGGGCAGAACCAUAUUACUCCGUACGAUAUAAAUGCCCCGCUGGCUGAUAAAGUGCAUCAAUCCGUGCAGUCGUCUCUGGCAAACUUCACCAUCGACGGCCAGGAGCCAUAUCUCGAUAGCCUUGUGCUGCAUUCUCCCAUGGAAACCAUGCAAGAGACAGUCACGGUGUGGAAGACUCUUGAAUCAUACACGCCGCACAAGAUUCGCCAUCUGGGAAUAUCCAACACGACCCUCCCGGUCCUGAUGGCCUUGGUCAGCAACAUGGCCGUCAAGCCGGCCGUCGUGCAAAAUCGGUUUCACAACAAGACUGACUACGAGACCGAUGUCAGAGCUUUCUGUCGCGAACACAAGAUAGCCUUUCAAUCUUUCUGGACCAUUUCGGCCAACAGACAUCUUCUUCAAAGCAGCCCUGUGCGAGAGGUGGCGCAAAAGGCCGGAGUGGGAGCAGUUGCGGCGUUCUAUUCGAUGGUAUUGGGACUGGAAGGAACCACCAUCUUGGAUGGCACAACAAGCGAGACACACAUGAAAGAAGACUUGGAAGGCAUUGAAGUUGUAGGUGCCUGGGCGGAGGGUGAGGGAGCGUCCGACUGGGAGGCUGCGCUCGGGGGCUUCAAACAGCUCAUUGGGGAAUCGUAG